CCGCCGCGCGAAGGCUUCCUUCGUGGGGGCAACCUCCACCCAUUAGGGCUUCACCGGCAAAACUCAUGCAUACAAACGAAAGGAAGCAGGAUCUGGCUGCUCUCAAACAAAAUCCUCUGGCACGAGUAGAUUAUUUGCCUUUCGUUGCAUGAUGAAUUAUAUUUUUCAACCCUUGCAACACACUAUGCAUUGAAAAUUAGAGUUCAAAUUAUAUUCAGUAAUAUGACGCAAGGAAGCAGGUAUCGGCUGCCCUCAGAUAGAUUAGUUUUUGCCGAACUUAACUAUCUGCCUUUUGUCAUAUUACUUUGGAACCAACUCAGGGUUCAGUUGCACCAUGCACCACUAUCCACUUAAAAUUUUUUUCAAUUCAGCACUGCUGCCAUCCUUUAAUUUUUUGGAAUUCCUCGUUCUAAUGCAAUGGUUUACUUGCAUUACAAUUCACAUCUUUCGGGUUCACCAUCUUUCGGGACAAAUAAAUAUUAAAAAUGGGCUGGCGUCCUGA